CGGGCGUUACUUCUAGGUUGUUUUGUUCACGCCGAUUGAAAUAAUCAUAUUACAAAUUUCCAGAUUGAUUAAUUUACCAAGAAUUACUAAAAUAAUGUUGAAUGACUGUGAAAAUCGUUGGAAAAAGGCAAUGCUUGGGCCUCUUCCUGAUAAUUUUUUACGAUUAUCCACACUGUCCGACAGAGUACAAAAUAUUGAUGCCCAAACUGCUAUGGCGUUAUAUAGACAAACUCUGCCUCAGCUUACGGCUCUGAAUCAUGUAGGUCGUCUGAGUAUAACAUGUGCACAAGCAAAACUUGCUAGAAACUACGGCCUAACAAGGAUGGAUCCAUAUGUACGAAUUCGUGUAGGCCAUUAUGUUUACGAAACUCAAACUGACCCAAAUGGAGGAAAGAAUCCUAGAUGGAAUCGUGUAAUUCAAAGUCAAUUACCUACUGGAGUAAAUUCUAUAUAUGUUGAAAUAUAUGAUGAAUGUAGCUUCAAAAUGGAUGAACUAGUUGCUUGGUGUGAAAUCAAAAUACCUGAUAGGGUUUUCACCGGAGAAACGCAUGAAGAGUGGUAUCCAUUAACCGGCAAGCAAGGUGAAGGACUUGAAGGCGCUGUUGACAUUGUUUUAAGUUUUUCUAAUCAACCUUAUAUAUACCCAACCAUUCAAGAACCGGCACAGAUGAUAAUGGUACCACCCGGACGUCCUACGCCCAUUUUUAUUACACCACAUCAACAAGUUCAACAUUCACCUGCUCAUCCACCUUUAAUAUCCGAAGCAGAUUUAAAACAAGUACGUGAAAUGUUCCCCAAUAUUGAUGCUGAAGUUGUAAAAACAUUGUUUGAAGUGAACAGAGGAAAUAAAGACUCUACAAUUAAUUCCUUAUUACAGAUGAACGAAUAGUAGGGGGAUGAGUAGCAGAAGUAUGUAAUUUAUUAUUAUACAUACAUAAAUUUAUAUAUAACUGUCAAUAUUUAAGUAAUGAUUAUUAAAGCUGUAUUUUAAAAAUUGUGAAGUAUUUUAAAUAAGUAAAUAUGUACCAUUUUAUGAAA